CCCCUCCCCGCCCCUCCCACGGCUCCGGGAGCCUCUCCUCUCCCGCCCCAGAAGUUCAGGGGUCCCCGCUCGGCCUCCCGCGCUCCGGCCGCCGGGACCCUCCGCCUCCGGGAGCAGCCACCUCGGUCCCCGCGAACAUGGCGAGGAGGAGCCGCCGCUGCCUCCUGCUGCUGCUGCGCUACCUGGUGGUCGCCCUGGGCUGUCCGAAGACCUUUGGAUUGUCUGACCCAAAAGACCAUCAAGUAAUCACAGCAAUAGAGUAUCAAGAGGUUAUUUUAACCUGCAAAUUCCCAAGGAAGACCCCAGCCUCCAGAUUAGAGUGGAAGAAACUGGGGCAGAGUGUCUCCUUUGUCUACUAUGGCCAGGAUCUCAGAGGUGACUUUAAAGAUCGAGCUCAGAUGAUGGAUUUCAGUAUCAGGAUCAAAAAUGUUACAAGAAAUGAUGCCGGGAAAUACCGUUGUGAAGUUAGCACCCCAACUAACGAAGGCCAAAGGCUGGAAGAGAACACGGUCACUCUAGAAGUAUUAGUGGCUCCAGGAGUUCCAACAUGUGAAGUCCCCAAUUCUGUUCUGAGUGGAACUGUGGUGGAGCUGCGCUGUCAAGACAAAGAAGGGAACCCGGCUCCUACAUACACGUGGUUUAAGGACGGCACCCGCCUGUUUGGGAAUCCCAAGCUCGACGCCCACAUCACCAACAGCUCUUACACAGUGAAUACAAAGUCUGGAACUCUGCAAUUUAACACUGUUUCAAAACUGGACAGCGGAGAGUAUUACUGCGAAGCUCGUAACUCUGUUGGAUUUCGCAGGUGCCGUGAGAAACGAAUGCAAGUAGAUGAUCUCAACGUGAGUGGCAUCAUAGCGGCCGUGGUGGGAGUGGCCUUAGUGGUUUCCAUCUGCGGCCUUGGUGUGUGCUAUGCCCAGAGGAAAGGCUACUUUUCAAAGGAAACCUUCCAGAAGAGUAACUCUGCAUCUAAAGCCACUCCAAUGGGUCAAAAUGAUUUCAAGCACUCAAAAUCCUUUAUAAUUUAAAAGAAUUCCACCUCUGAAAUACACCAAUACCACAGUUGUUCACAAGUUAUUAAAAGAUUAUAACACUC